AUGGUGUUCGAAGGCAGGGUGAAGAGGCUUGUUGUCUUGGGAAGCACCGGAAGCAUCGGCAGAAACACACUGGAGAUCGUCCGACAGUUUCCCGAUUUGUUUCAGGUUGUCGGCCUCGCCGCAGGGGGCUCGAAUCUUGCUCUCCUCGCCGAGCAGGUGGUGCUUUUCAGGCCGCAGUAUGUGUAUCUGGGAGCCACCUCCAAGGCAACCGAGCUGCAAGAAAGACUGAGCGCGCACGAGAGAACGUCUCCUGCCUCGCCUCGCCCCCGCCUUCUCCUGGGCGACGAGGGCCUGCCGGAGCUUGCGUGCGUCCCAGAUUAUGAUGUUCUUGUCUCCGCUAUUGUCGGGUUUAAGGGCGUCCUCCCCACGCUCAAAGCCCUCGAGGCAGGCAAGGAUGUCGCACUCGCCAAUAAAGAGGCUCUCGUAGCGGCAGGCCCCGUUUUCCGCUCGCUUCUUUCCAGGCGCGGUCUUCUCUACGGGGACGUAGAGACGAACGAGGGAGGAGGGGAAAGAAAAGGCGGCGGUUCAGACAAGAAGCGUGCGACCGAGAGGCCGAAACGCGGGCUUCUCCUUCCCGUCGAUUCGGAGCACUCGGCGAUCUUCCAGGCCGUCCAAGGCGUCCCGCCGACCUGCUACCCCCCUAGGAAGCUUCUGCUCACUGCAAGUGGGGGACCGUUUCGUGGCAAGACGCGCGAUGACUUGAAGGGGGUGACCCUGGAAAAGGCUCUCAAACAUCCCAAGUGGAGUAUGGGAGCAAAGAUCACGAUCGACAGCGCAACAUUGAUGAAUAAAGGUUUGGAAGUCAUUGAAGCUCACUUCGCCUUCGGGUGUCCGUACUCCUCCAUCGAGGUCCUCGUUCAUCCCCAAGCCGUUGUCCACUCCGCCGUUGAACUUCGGGAUGGCGCGACCCUCGCUCAGCUUGGACUUCCCGAUAUGAAACUGCCCAUCGCCUAUGCCCUCACGUGGCCGCAUCGUCUGUCCGCGCCUUGGUCCGCCGGCGUCGACCUGACCCAGGAAGGCAGUCUGACGUUCGAGAAGCCAGAUCUGUCCACGUUCGGGUGUCUAGGACUCGCCUACGAGGCAGGCGAAAGGGGAGGCGUGGCGACGGCGUGCUUGAAUGCGGCCAAUGAAGUGGCGGUUGAGAGGUUUCGGAACAAAGAAAUUGGGUUCUUGGACAUCGAGGACACCGUGCGCCACGUCAUGGGUUUGCACGAGACAGGAAGAGACAAUCUCGCCUCGACAGAUGUCUCUCUACAGGAUGUCUUCGAGGCUGAUCGGUGGGCGCGCGCAGCGGCGAGAGCGUUUAAGCCGAGGAGCUAA